AUGGCUACCGAUCACAUUUCGAAGCCUACUGAGGCCGAUGCCCUGAUCCUCGAAGCCUGGGGUCAGGGUCUGAUGGUCGGAAGUCUACUCAUUAUGGCCGCUAUCACUGUCGCCAACAUGAAGUCACGUAUUCUCUUGCAUAAGCUGAUUUUCGCCGAGCUCAUCCUGGCGAUGGCCCAUGGUACUUUUAUCUUCCCUCAUGAGCCAGUCUAUGGUUGGUAUUUAUCCGCGACUGCGAUCGGUCUCAAUAUCUCCUGGGCACUACAUAAUGUUAUCGCCUGGAUGAAGAACCGCCCGUUCCUAUCGCGAAAGGUCUCGAUCAUCUACAUUACUACUGUUAUUCUCUGCUGGCCCUAUUGGGGACUGGAAAUCUAUGCGAACUUCACAUACUUCAACAAUAUCAAUAAGAUUUUCUUGACGACGAGGCCAAUGGAGCCAUUAUUUCGCGACCCAUGGUGGAUCUUCACGACGGCCAGUCUGUUCUGGACGAUCAAGCGCGAAUACAACUUCGGAUUAUGGGAGCUAGUAGUCGUCAGCCCACGCUUCGGAAUCAUGCUGGCGGCAAUGUGCCUGUCGAUUAUCUUCAUGAUUGUGGAUACCUGCAGCGUGCUAAACGCAUUUUCCAGCCUGCUCCCAACAGGUGUCGAGCCAUUCUGGAAAUUAUCCUUCAUCUUCAAAUGCCUCUGUGACACAGUCAUUCUCGACGACUUCAAGACCGCCCUCGAUCAUUUGCGCGUACACUGGAUGCGUAAGAAGAACGGCGAGUUGUUCGUCAGUCCGCUCACCACUCCGAGCUCCAGCCCUCGCGCCCAGAGGGUACGCAGGGAUAUUGAAACGGGCGAUUUACCUCCCACCCCUACGAAGGGUUCUUACGCCCGCGCGGUACAUAUGGACGAUGUUUAA